AUGGGCUGCUCUGCCGGGCGGGGCACUCUGGCCCAACGCCUGGAGGGCCUCGAUGGAGAGGCUGCAAAGGCCUUGGUGGCCAAAGAGCUUCAGAAGGGUCUUGCCCUCAACGGCACGGAUGCCCCUCUCCCAGAGGCUGUUCGCCGUCAUGUGAAGGCUGCCGGUUUGGAGGCACUCCUGGCUGCAGGGGCUCCAAUCUGUGAGGAGGUUCUGGUGGCCUUGCUAGCACGGCUGCGAGUGGGCGAAGACCGCGCUGUUGUGAACGUGUUUCUGGACCAUGGGAUGGAUGUGAAUACGCAGGAUCCCAGUCCAGAUGCUGAGACCUUGCUUAUGGCGGUCAUCCGUUCAGGUGAUGUGGCAACUGUGGAGGACCUCCUCAACAGGGGAGCGGAUGUGAUGAAAACAGACUCAAAGGGGAACACUCCCUUACAUGUGGCGGCAGCCAGAGCUGACGAAGCGAUAGUGGAUGCUUUGCUUCAGAGAGGUGCAGUGGUGACGAACAAAAAUGAAGACGGUCACUCAGCAGUGAUGUCAGCGCGUUUGGCCUCGUUAGCCCCGAACCUACGUUUGUCUGGCGCAGGAGGCUGGGCAUCCAAAGAGAUCCUUGCUCACAAGGUCUUUGGAAAACUGGACAAGCGGUACUUGAAUGCUGGUGAGGAGGUUUGGAGAUGUCCUACCUCUGGAGAUUGUUGGACAGCAUCGUCGCCUCCACCCAGCUUUCCAAGGAAUCACCAGGUAGCAGCGCGGCUUUCUUUGGCUGGGGAUGCCUUUUCCUUGGCUGAUGCCGUUGAGGGUGCAUGGUUGUUUGGCGAGGUGCAGCCUUGGGAUGUCACUUUUCCAAAGGGAAGAUCAAUGGAAACAGAAGAAGAGUGGCAGAAGUGA